AUGUUGACCACAGUAAAGAAGAAGAUGAAGAUCGGUGGCAAACAAAAACGUCCUGAAGAAUUUAUCUCUGGACAUCUCUCUCGAUCGAUGUCAGUAAUGAGUGGAAUCGAUUUCGAUGAAGAAUUUAUAUUUCCCGUACGAACAGAUGCUCACACGGAUGUACAGUUUACCGAGAACAUUCCCAAUUCCUCAACGGCAUCCACAACUGAAUCAUUUCAACGAUCUAAUAGCAUGGAGAGCGAAGCGUCGUCUGGUUUUGGUGGUUCAAAUGGACUCACGAAGCAAGUAAAUGAAGAAACAGCAUGUCAACAUCAAGAUCUCCUGGAUCUCCUUGAAAAGCUACACGCAGAAAUAGCCUUGAAGGAUUGUCGUCUGCGUGAUGUUGAAGAGUAUAUGGAUAGGCUGAUCGCCCGGGUAAUGGAACACAAUCCUGAGUUGUUGGCUGCACCACUGACCGGGAACAGCACGUCAUCCGAUCGUGGAAGCGGUUUCGAAUCUUCUCUUUAG